AUGGCGACGCCUCGACUCCUCGUGCCCUUCUCGUCGUCUCGCCAGAUAUCCAGGACAACCCUUGCCCGGACCGCAGCAGCCUCGAGGGCGCUCCUGUCACCUGUCUCCAGACCGUGCCCGGCCCCCCCGCAGCCGAGACGACCACUCCUCCAGGCCCGCGCCAUGGCUUCGUCGUCUUCGUCGUCCUCGGAUCCCGCCCGCCCCGCCAUCAGCACGCCGCCGGCGGGCAAGUACGAGUUCCUGGCCGUGGUGCCCGACAAGCCCGGGUCGCAGCCGAAGCGGCUGGAGGUGCGAGCCAAGCACUUUGAGGGCCUACAACCGUUCAUCGACUCGGGAUUCUACAAGGCGGGAGGUGCGGCGCUCAAGGACAGGCCCGAGGGCACUGAUGCUACAAAGUGGGACUUCUACGGCAGCACCAUGAUCAUGGUAGCCGAGUCCGUCGACGAGUGCCGUGAGAUCCUGAGAAAGGACAUCUACAGCAAGAGCGGCGUGUGGGACGUUGACAAUGCGCAAAUCUGGCCUGUCAAGUUUGCGUUCAGAUACCCAUAG